AUGGCUACAACUAUGCUACUCUUCACUAGUGCCCUCUUUAUCUUGUGCACCCUUUUCCAUGCUGCCCGCCCGGAGCUUAUCUUAACCGUCGUCAACAACUGCCCCUUUACUGUCUACCCAGCAAUCCAGCCCAACGCGGGUCACGCCGUCCUAGAAAAGGGAGGCUUCCCUCUCCAAUCUCUCACUCACCGUUCCUUCCGUGCACCAGACCAGCACUGGGGAUUGCAACAACAGAAUCGAAUGCAAUGGCCUCGGUGGAGCCCCCCAGCAACGCUGGCACAGAUCACCCUCCACCAUGGCCACAAGGACUUCUCCUCUUACGGAGUGUCCCUUGUUGACGGUUUUAACCUCCCCAUGACUGUGACCCCACACGAAGGCAAAGGUGUGUGCCCCGUUGUAGGGUGCAAGGCCAAUCUGCUAGCCACCUGUCCAGAUAAGCUAAAGUUAUGGUCACCGGACGGUCAUGGUCAUGUGGUGGGGUGCAAGAGUGGAUGUCAGGCAUUUGGAACGGAUGAGCUGUGUUGCAGGAACCAUUACAAUAGUCCACAGACGUGCAGGGCUUCGAGUUUCUCUGAGUUCUUCAAGCAUGCUUGUCCUGCCACGUUUACUUAUGCUCACGAUAGUCCAUCGCUCAUGCAUGAGUGUUCUUCGCCACGUGAACUUAAAGUUAUCUUCUGUCACUAG